AUGUGGAGUUUGGGGAAUGUGGCCAGGGAAGAUGUUUUGGGAGAACCGGAAGUGCCCAACCCCAGUCUGAGAGGAUCUCUCUCGCGGCUAUGUGGCAACAGUUCUGUCAGGCGUCAUGGCCGCAGGCGUGGCAGCAACCUUCUGCAGCCUACAAGGAUUCAAACUUUGGAUCAAAAAAUUGAGUACAAUGGAUGUGGGCGAGGCUUCCAUGAGAAGGCAGGCUUUGCUGGCCUUAAAGGAACACACACGGGAGAUAAAAACUUUAAAUGUCCCGAGUGUGGGAAAGCGUACUGCAGGAAAUCAAACCUUGUUGAACAUCUGAGGCGACACACAGGGGAGAGACCCUAUGAGUGUGCUGAGUGCGUGAAAACCUUCAGUGCGAGAUCCUACCUCAUUGCCCAUCGGAAAACUCACACCGGGGAGAAGCCCUUUGGAUGUAACGAGUGUGGGAAGUCUUUUGGCAGGAAGUCGCAACUCAUUCUGCACCGCAGAACACACACUGGAGAGAGACCCUAUGAGUGUACUGCAUGCGGGAAAUGCUUUUCUGAGAAGGCCACCCUGACCAUUCACCAGAGAACCCACACCGGGGAGAAACCCUAUGCAUGUGGGGACUGUGGGAAAAACUUCCGCGCCAAGAAAUCCCUGAAUCAACAUCAAAGAAUCCACACAGGCAAGAAACCCUAUGCAUGUGCAGAAUGUGGGAAAUGCUCGAAUGACGAUGACUCUCAUCAGAGAACGCACACAGGUGAGAAGCCCUAUCGGUGUCACGAGUGUGGGAAGGCUUUCCGGGUGCACUCCUCCCUGGGGAUCCACCAGCGAAUUCACACGGGAGAGAAGCCUUACGAGUGCAGCGAGUGUGGUGGUGCCUUCUACGUGAAAGCACGCCUCAUUGAACACAAGAGAAUGCAUUCAGGAGAGAAACCGUAUGAGUGUAGUGAGUGUGGGAAAAUCUUCAGGAUGAAGAAAUCCCUUUGUCAACGCCAGAGGACUCACACAGGAGAGAAGCCUUACGAAUGUGGGGAAUGUGGCAAUGCCUUCUAUGUGAAAGUGCGCCUCAUUGAGCAUCAGCGGAUUCAUACAGGGGAGAGACCCUUUGAAUGUCAAGAAUGUGGGAAGGCUUUCUGCCAGAAGGCACACUUCACGGAACAUCACAGAACUCACAUAGGUCGGUCCAGGCCUUGUGCCAUGGAGAAAACGUCUCCCUAAACUCUCCCUUCCCCAGUGGAUCGAGUGUCUUGGGGGAUCUGGUCACCAGGGCACCCAGUGUGUUUGUAUUUAGUAUUUUGUAUUCCUGUGAAAUGUCCUUGUGCCCUUAGGGGAUAGCUCGUUGUUCUUUUCAUGUGUACUUACCCAAUUAGUGGGGAGAUUGAACAUCUUAUUUGUUGAUGGGCCAUUUGGGUUUUUGCUUCCUGAUAUUGACAGUUCACAUCCAUUGCUCAUGGUUUUCUACUAGGCUGUUCAUCCUUUGCUUCUUAGUUGAAAUGCUGUUAUUGUUUAAUAUCGGAGAAUAUGAAAAUCUUCUUUCAGUCAUGCUUUGCAGGUAUCUUCUCCUGGGCUGGGGCUGGUUCUUUAAUUUUGUUUCUUCUUUUCAGCAGAAGUUCUAUGUUUUAGUAUUGUCAGUCUCAAGGAGAUUAUAUUCCCCUGCAUUUUCCUGUAAGGUUAAAUCUCUCCUUUUAACAUUUAGAAUUUUAAUGUACUAUGAGACUUUUUUGGGUAGUAUGAAGUCUACAAUAAAUAAUGCUAUAUUGUCUUAAAAUUGUUUCAUAAAUGCCAUCACACUAUAAUGUGCCAUAGCUUGCCUUUUUUCAUGCAAUGUUACUUUUCCAAGAUCUUUGUCAAAUACAAAUUAGGUUUGUUCAUUUACCUCUCCAUUCCCCUAGUGAAAGACACUGUUUCUGUAUUUAGUGUCUAAACCUAGAAGUGGAAUUUCUGGGUCAAUGGGUGUAGGCAGUGUGCCAGUGAAUAAGCUCCAAACCCAUCCUUCCAGACUGCACUUUUUGGCUCUUCCAACCAGAUUUAAACCUUUCCAGCUGCUCCCUCUCGGGCCUUGCCAAUAUGAAAUACUUGAUAGAACCUUUGGAGCCAGGAAAGGAAGGGACUUGCUUCCUUUCCCUUUUCCCCUUCAUAUUAGCUUUCUGUUCCUCUGGGUGUCUGCCAGCACUGCUUCUUCACGCGGGCAGCAGCAGUUCCUUAUUGUAGCACCAGUUUGCAAUUUUCCAGCAUUCCCAGAAGGAGCCCACUCCCCUUGGAGACAAGCAUCAGCUGGGUAGUGCACCUCUUUAGAGGUGUGAGUCUCAGCCCUGUGGGAGCCUUCCUCUACCCCUCUAAUUUUCACUAUUUCCACCUUCGUCCCUGUUACUGUCCUAGGCCAGCUUCUUUCUCAAGCUGCUACCUCCCUGAGAACUUGAAUUGCCUCUUUUUUGCUCUUCAGUUAUGUCGUUAUAUAAUUUUUAACCAGUUAUAAAGUUAUUGUUUCCUCUUUAAAAACAACUGAUGGGGCCGGUGCUGUGGCGCAGCCGGUUAAAGCCCUGGCCUGAAGCACUGACAUCCCAUGGUUCUAGUCCCAGCUGCUCUUCUUCCAAUCCAGCUCUCUGCUAUGGCCUGGGAAAGCAGAAGAUGGCCCAAGUCCUUGGGCCCCUGCACCCAUGUGGGAGACCUGGAGGAAGCUCCUGGCUCCUGGCUUCAGAUCGGCACAGCUCUGGCCUUUGCAGCCAUCUGGGGAGUGAACCAGCAGAUGGAAGACUUCUCUCUCUGUAUCUACCUCUCUGUAACUGUCUUUAAAAUAAAUAAAAUAAAUCUUAAAUACUGGUGUUUCUGUAUUCUAGUUGGACCUUGAGCAAUAUGGACGUUUUUCAACUUAAGUAUUUAUUUCUCCCUCCAAAUUGUAUUAAUUCAUAUACUUAUGAGAAGUUUCAGAAAGUUCUGAUUUUUCACAAUCAUCAGCAUUUACUAUUGGUCCUUUAAAUUAGCAUCUAUGAAAGGUUUGAAAUGGCAUUAAGCCUUUGCAUCCAUGAAUAUAGUUUGUCUUUUUAUUUUUUCAAUCAUUUUGACAUCAGUUUAAACAUCUUGCAUGAGUUUUGGGGAGACAAGUCCUACUCAACCGAUAACAUAGUAUAACAACUAUUUAUAUUGUAUUAAGUAUUAUAAGUAAUCAAUCUAGAGAUGAUUGAAAGUGUAUGGGGGCUGGCGCCACAGCUCAAUAGGCUAAUCCUCCGCCUAGUGGCCCCAGCACACCGGGUUCUAGUCCCGGCCGGGGCGCCGGAUUCUGUCCCGGUUGCCCCUCUUCCAGGCCAGCUCUCUGCUGUGGCCAGGGAGGGCAGUGGAGGAUGGCCCAAGUGCUUGGGCCCUGCACCCCAUGGGAGACCAGGAUAAGUACCUGGCUCCUGCCAUCGGAUCAGUGCGGUGCGCGGGCCACGGCGGCCAUUGGAGGGUGAACCAACGGCAAAAGGAAGACCUUUCUCUCUGUCUCUCUCUCUCACUGUCCACUCUGUCAAAAAAAAAGUGUAUGGGAUGGUGUGUAGGUUCUACGAAAAUAUGAUGUCCUUUUAUAUAAACGACUUGAGUAACCUUGGAUUUUGAUAUCUGCAAGUGGGUCUUGAAAUCAAUCCCCCAUGGAUAAGCAUAUACAUAGAUUUAUGUGUAAUGUGUGUCACACACAUGCUUCCCCAUAGAUCAUUUUUGCUUUAUGUGGGCAGCGUACAUUUCAUUUUAUCCACAUAUUUACCACCUUGGUUGCUCUUCAUUACUUUCUGUAUUUCAUCCAGGAUCAUUUUCCUCUUUGCCUGGAAAAUACCCUGUUGUUUCCUCUAGUAGGGGUCUGUUAAUGGUGAACCUCUCAACUUUGACAAUGGUUUUUAUUGCACCUUUUUGAUAAGCAAAUGUAAAAUUCCUUACCUUUAGUAUUUUGUAGUACUCAACAAACUGAUGCUAAAUUAAAUACUUUUCUGUGGGGCCAGUGUUGUGAUACAGGAGGGUAAAGCCACUGCCUGUGAUGCUGGCAUCCCAUAUGGGCACCAGUUUGUGUCCUGGCUGCUCCAUUUCUGAUCCAGCCCCUGCUAAUGGCGUGGGAAAGCAGUAGAAGAUGGCCCAAGCGCUUGGGAUACUGCACCCAUCUGGGAAACCCGGAAGAAGCUUCUGGUUCCUAGCUUCAGCCUGGCCCCGUCCUGACCAUUGCAGACAUCUAGGGAGUGAACCAGUGGAUGGAAAACCUUUCUCUCUGUAACUCUGGCUUUCUAAAUCAAUCAAUUGAUAAAUUGUUUUGCUUCUUUUCUGAAUGUCCCAUCAUGAUCACGAUGACCCAAAGUAUUUGAAUCAUCAGA